AUGACUUUCCGCCUCUUGCGCAAGAGCGCGAUGUCGGGCUCUCAUCCCAUGGCCACCUUGGCGAUGGCGGAGUUUAUGCUCGAUAAACUCGCGGACAGACCAGGGUUCAGCCGCGAACGCAUCAUGAGGCAAAUGUGCGAUGAAUAUGGAGCAGAUACCGAGCAGAAGAUUGUCCAGUUCGAGCAAGAGACCAUUGAGCAGCAUGGGGUGGGACACACCGUCCUAGACUCCGUAGCAAGCGGCGUUACUUUGAUGGCACCGCGAGUGAUGCCGGCACGCUGGAGAAGAUGA